UCUCCCGGUUUCCUGGAGUUUCCUUGCAGCAUGGCCCCCAAACGCCAGUCUUCACUCCCGCCUCAAAGGAAGAAACCGAGACUGCCUCCUGCCCCCAAGUCAGGGCAGACGUCAACAUCUCAGCACUUGCAUAAGGGAGAAAAAGAACAGCAAGAAGCAAUUGAACAUAUUGAUGAAGUACAAAAUGAAAUAGACAGACUUAAUGAACAAGCCAGUGAGGAGAUUUUGAAAGUAGAACAGAAAUAUAACAAACUCCGCCAACCAUUUUUUCAGAAGAGGUCGGAAUUGAUCGCCAAAAUCCCCAAUUUUUGGGUAACAACAUUUGUCAACCAUCCACAAGUGUCUGCACUGCUUGGGGAGGAGGAUGAAGAGGCGCUGCAUUAUUUGACAAGAGUUGAAGUGACAGAAUUUGAAGAUAUUAAAUCAGGUUACAGAAUAGAUUUUUAUUUUGAUGAAAACCCUUACUUCGAAAAUAAAGUUCUCUCCAAAGAAUUUCAUCUGAAUGAGAGUGGUGAUCCAUCUUCAAAGUCCACUGAAAUCAAAUGGAAAUCUGGAAAGGAUUUGACGAAACGUUCAAGUCAAACACAGAAUAAAGCCAGCAGGGAGAGACAGCAUGAGGAACCAGAGAGCUUCUUCACCUGGUUUACUGACCAUUCUGAUGCAGGUGCAGGUGAGUUAGGAGAGGUCAUCAAAGAUGAUAUUUGGCCAAAUCCAUUACAGUACUACUUGGUUCUCGAUAUGGAUGAUGAAGAAGGGGAAGGAGAAGAGGAUGAUGAUGAUGAUGAAGAAGAAGGAUUGGAAGAUAUUGAUGAAGAAGGAGAUGAGGAUGAAGGUGAAGAAGAUGAAGAUGAUGAUGAGGGGGAGGAAGGAGAGGAGGAUGAAGGAGAAGAUGACUAAUGGAACACUGAUGGAUUCC